AUGAAUCCCUCCCCGCUCGGACGUCUCUUCUCGCGCACUUUCUCUCCUUUCUUCGUCUCUGUGCGAAGACUGACCAUGGCGUCCAAUCCGCGGGAUCCGAACACCCUUAGCAACUACAAUAACUGGCGUUCCACUCACAUCACCGCCAAUUUCGAUAUCUUGUUUGAUCAGAAGAAGCUGGUUGGCAAUGUCGUCCACAAAUUUACGUCCAUUACCGAUGCUGUGUCGCGGGAAAUCAUCCUAGACACCAGCCAUCUGGACAUUGGCUCCGUCAAGGUUGAUGGCCAACCUUCCAAGUGGGAGCUUCUUCCCACGCUGGAUCCCUUCGGCACCCCACUUAAGAUUAGUCUUGAGCAAGGUGUCAAGCUGAAUGAAAUUGUUGAGGUGGAUAUUGCGGUGAAAACCACCGAGAAGUGUACUGCACUUCAGUGGCUGACCCCCGCCCAAACCUCCAACAAGAAACAUCCAUAUAUGUUUUCGCAAUGUCAGGCCAUCCACGCCCGGUCCAUUUUCCCCUGCCAGGACACACCAGAUGUCAAGAGCACCUUGGAUUUUAACAUCACCUCGCCUUUGCCCGUCAUGACGAGUGGUCUUCUCACUCAGUCGGAUGAGACCUCGCAGUCGGGUCACAAGCUCUACCGAUUCCACCAGUCGGUGCCGAUCCCCAGCUAUCUGUUCGCGAUUGCCAGCGGAGAUGUUUCGCAGGCUUCGAUCGGUCCUCGAAGCGUGGUAGCUACCAGCCCGGACAAGCUGGAGGAAUGCAAGUGGGAACUGGAAGCCGACACAGAGAGCUUCAUCAAAACCAUCGAGAAAAUCGUGUCCCCCUACGCUUGGGGCCAGUAUAACGUUUUGAUUCUGCCUCCCAGCUUCCCGUAUGGUGGCAUGGAGAACCCGAUCUUUACCUUUGCGACCCCCAGUAUCAUCUCAAAGGAUCGUGAGAAUAUCGAUGUCAUUGCACACGAGCUCGCUCACAGCUGGAGUGGCAACCUGGUGACUAACGCUUCGUGGGAGCAUUUCUGGCUGAAUGAGGGCUGGACCGUGUAUUUGGAACGACGGAUUUUGGCAGCAAUCCAUGGCGAGGCGUACCGUCAUUUCUCGGCCAUCAUUGGCUGGAAGGCGCUUACCGAUUCCGUGGAGCACUUUGGUCAUGACCACGAAUUUACCAAGCUAAUCACUGAUCUCAAGGGCAAGGACCCCGAUGAUGCCUUCUCGAGUAUCCCUUAUGAGAAAGGUUUCAACUUCUUGUUCUACCUUGAGAACCUUGUGGGCAAGCCGAAGUUUGACAAGUUCAUUCCUUAUUACUUCACCACUUUCCAGCGCAAGUCUCUUGACUCAUAUGAAUUCAAGGCAAGCAUUCUGAGCUUCUUCGAGUCGGAUGCCGAGGCAUCUAAGCUGCUGAACGAACUGGACUGGGAUAAGUGGUUCUAUUCCCCUGGAAUGCCCCCCAAGCCGGAAUUUGAUACAUCCUUGGUGGACGUGGUCUAUGCGCUGGCUAAGAAAUGGGAGACUCUCCCUAGCUCGUCGUUCAAGCCGCAGGUGAGCGACCUUGAGGGUCUGACAGCUAACCAGAUUGUCGUUUUCUUGGAACAGAUUCUCCGCUGGGAGCAGCCUCUCCGCCCAGAACUUUCCAAGUUAAUGGGUGAGGUCUACGGGCUGUCCAAAAGCGAGAACAUUGAGGUUUCCAACCUGUAUUUCCAAGUUGGUAUGAAGGCCGGCGAUGAGAGCGUCAUUGAGCCAACUACUGAGCUACUAGGCCGGAUUGGAAGAAUGAAGUUUGUGCGACCUCUGUAUCGUAACCUCCAGAAGAUCAACCGACCAGUUGCCCUUGCAACCUUUGAGAAGUACAAGGACUUCUACCACCCCAUCUGCCGUGGUAUGGUCGAGAAAGACUUGUUCGGCAAGAAGGAAAACUAG